GUUGCAUUGGGCAAGCCGUUGACAGUUGUUGUUCUGUACUGCCGCCGACUUAGACCUGACCUGGGCUUGGAGUAAACAGAGAAGAAAAUAUUCCAUAGCAAAAGAAGAGAAGAGAAGAGAAGAGAAGAGAGGUUGAUUGAUCUGAUUCGAUUCCGAUGGCUUCUACAGAGGGUCUGGUGCCCAUAACUAGGGCCUUUCUGGCCUCUUAUUACGACAAACACCCUUUUACUCCUCUUUCUGCUCAUGUCUCCACACUUUCUUCUCAGAUUCGUUCAAUGGCUAAUGAUUUCCUCACUCAGCAUCCUCCUAUCCAAGUCCUUUUGUUAGGAGAACGCAUCUUAAUUAAUGAAGCUGAUCAGCAACCCCCGCAUAAAAUGGAUGAGAACAUGUGGAAGAAUCGAGAGUACAUUGAAGAAACAAUUUUUUUACUUCAAAGUUCUAAUUGGCCAGAGGCGCUGAAGCAGCAGUCCGCAGCUGACUGUGUUGAAUUUUCCAUUACGCUUGGGAAACUGAAAGAUAAACUUCAUAAUACAUUGAAGGCUUUGGAAUCUUUCCAAACUAAAAAUGCUGAACAUGUAUUUAACACAGUUAUGACAUAUUUGCCUCAAGAUUUUCGAGGAACACUAAUUAGACAACAACGGGAACGCUCAGAGAGGAAUAAGCAAGCAGAGGUUGACACUUUGGUAAAUUCUGGUGGUAGCAUACACGACCGGUAUGCUUUGCUGUGGAAACAGCAAAUGGACAGGAGAAGGCAAUUAGCUCAGCUUGGUUCUGCAACAGGAGUCUAUAAAACACUUGUGAAGUACCUUGUUGGGGUUCCUCAGGUAUUACUUGAUUUUACUCGGCAGAUAAAUGAUGACGAUGGGCCCAUGGAGGAACAGCGUCAUCGCUAUGGACCACCAUUGUACAGCCUCACCUCGAUGAUUCUUUCUAUUCGACUCUUCCUUUCAUUAUCAUGGGCACGAUAUGAUGCUAACAAGUUAAAAAUGGAACAAAUUGCUGUCCUGGAACAAGCUGUUGAUGUCUAUACCAUGGAGUUGGAAAGGUUUUUGACAUUUAUCAGUGAGGUCUUUGCAAAUGCACCUUUUUUUAUUUCAGCAGAGGUUGCUGGUGCAUUGGAAGCAAGGAAAAAUGAUGACUACAAAGAGAUAAAUGUUCCAGCCGGGAAAACUUACGAGGUUUUACUCUCUGUUGAUGCUGUAAACUCAUACAUUGCUUGGGAUUUUUCAUUGGUGCAAGGCACUAUAAAUAUGGAUAUUGGAUUUAGUUUGGAGUUUCUAAGUCCUACGGGGGAAAAAACUCUGAUGUUACCUUACCGCCGUUACGAGUCUGACCAAGGGAACUUCUGCACGUUAAUGGCUGGAAGCUAUAAACUGAUCUGGGACAACACAUAUUCAACCUUUUUCAAAAAGGUGCUACGGUACAAGAUAGAUUGUAUACCUCCCGUCACAGAUUCAGUGCAGUCUGACUGAAGCAAGAAUGCUGGAGAAGGCCUUGUGCUUGAGACAGGAUAGCUGAUGAUUCAUUUGCUAGUCAUUUUAAUCUUUUUAGAAACAAAUGUUCCAAUUACUCAUGUCAAGAUUGAUACACAUUUAAUUGUGAAGAGGAAAUGAACGGGAAAAAUUAAUCUUUUGUAUAAAAAUUUUAUUGCUAUACAUUUAACGUGUGACUGUAGGUUGUAGCCUGUAGCAACCUGUAGCAAGAUGUGAUUGUGCUACAAUGGGCCAAAACGGAAUCCCUCGGGGAAACAUGUGUAUACUUAUUUUUUUUUUUUUUUUUUUAUGUUUUCAAACUA